GUUUUGUCUUACCUUUUGACUCCGGAUUCCUGUAGUGAGUCCGUGUUGCUAACAUGCAAAGACAAACCUUUCAAAUGUCGAAGCUUGACAUCCUGCAAACACAUGCAGACUCAGCUUGCCAGUAUAGUAGUUGCCAAUGCUGAUAACUUUGAAUUCGAGAACAUCACGGUAAGGCAGUUUUAUAUAAUGGAAACGUGUUGUAGGAAACAUAUUGUACAAGUUGAACACCAAUCCAGCGUAAAAGGAUGAAAACAUGUGGUAAUACAAGGUUGAAAACUAGACUGAUGAAGAACAUGGAAAUUUGCAUGGGACAUACAAGUAGGAACAAGAUCUAUGAUGUGAUCCUUCCUCUCUUCUUUCUCAUUCCAGCUUUACCCACAUUGACAUUCUCCUCAGCAGCACGCUUGAGGAAGUUGCGGUGCCAUGAACGGUACCGAUUGAAUCCCGUCUGCUUCACAGCUGCCCGUAGUUCUUUGGUGCAUUUAUCCCAGUUGAGGACCUCGCUUGGUGGGGACCAAUUCUUCACAAUCUGGAGUGCGUCGAGUAGUGUAUCAUCAUCCUCGUGCUCAGCCUGUAAGUGCUCAACAACUGCAUCGCGGAUUCUCUCGAGCGUGCAUUGGAACAUAAGUUGCACUUUCUCCAGCCCCCCCUCGUCUUUGUUGGGAUGGAGUACAGCGCUCGCGAAAUACCUAGGAUGACGAGACCUUAAGUUCAACGGUCUCUUAGGAGGGCGUAUCCAUGUAGAGAUGGUGACUGUUGCAGGAUGGAACCAUGUGUCGUCGUUGAACGGUUCAGCAAUGUUAGUAC